AUGAGCCUCAUCAGGUCCACCUGCGAUCGUUGCUACGCCGCCAAAACGCGCUGCACCAAAGAUGCGUCGUCCAAGCGGUGCCACAAGUGCAUACGCUCAGGUGUAGUCUGCAACUACAGUCCGCGCGGCCAGGCCGGCCGUCCGCUUGGUUGCGGCAUAGGCCGGUCAAGCUCCUCCAGCCAACGUCCAACCCCAGCCAUGAGUGCAGACACUCGAUCCGUCACUCUGCCCAACUCGUUCGAUUGCAGCCCCGACCUCUUCAGCAACAUCCCCACAGAAGAGAAUACCGCCGCCUACCCAUGGGACCACCAGCCCUCUCUAGACGACUAUGGGCAGCUUCUUCUCCCCCUUGACGAGGCGAUGCACGGUGGCACGUACACAACAUCAAACGAGAGCUCAAAUGCUGCCGCCGACUUUUUCUCAUCCUUGGAACCUAGCAGCGCCCAAAGCUCUAGCAGCGGUCCACACCAAGAUACCAAUUCUAGCAGCGAGGCGCCUUCUGCUGCCGCCUCGCCCAGGAGCGAGAGCCUGCAUGGCCGGCUCGUAGCUACGCACUCCGAGCUCAUCGCCCUCUCAGAGUCGCUUGCAGUGUCUUUCGGCAUGACCGACGACAUGGACGUCAUAUACAGGCUUAGCGCCGACAUGACCGACAUACUUCAGCGCCUGAGGAAGAGUGGGCUAUGUUACCCGCCGACGCCGGUUGCAAAGUGCCAUGGCAUGACUUCUCUCCUAAUAUUGGGCUGUUACAGCUAUCUUCUUGAGGCCUAUGAGCUUGCCAUGGAGAAGCUGCGACACGAGGUGCGAGACACGGGUUCUCUGACCGCGCGACAGCAACGGGCUGCGUCACCCGAACGAGCGCCGCGAAUCAACAUUGGAGGCAUCAGGCUGCAGGUAUCGAGAAAGUCGGCCGCCGAGAUCCACCUGCAACUAGUCUCCCAAACAGCCCAGAAUCUCCGGGAUUCGCUCCGGCAGUUUGUAAAGCAAACGGCAGCCCCGCGCUGCUCCAUGGACCUGGACGACGACGACGAGAGCGUGGCAUCGAACCAUUCUGGGAGCCGUACUAGGGAGAUGGACCGCGGCGACACCAUUGCUAUUCUAACAACAUUGGCAGAGCAGGAGUUGCGGCGACGAGAAGGUAGCAUUUUCCAGUACAUACAUGAGAGCGCCGCCAAGGAAACCGCGUGA